AUGGAUAUUGAAUUUGAUAUUUGUUUUUUACUUCAAAGACAGAACUAUUCUCGAGCAGAAUUUAUACGCGUCAUAAAAAAGUUAAGGGAGGAUAUAUACUUUUAUAAAAAAACUGUGGCGCACAGUAAUGACAUUGAAAGUUCCGAAACUAAAAAGCAUGAGUUUAAAAAGCAAAUUGCGCCUCUUAGCGUUACACAAAACGGUGUUUGGCUACUGUCUGAACCGUCAUAA